UCAAAACAAAGUUAAAAAUAAGGUUAUGAACAAGAACGUAAUAAUUUAUAAGUUAAAAACAAUUUAUAUUAUAUUACCGUGAAAUUUAUUUUCAAUAUUAAAGCAUAAAAAUAACGGUACAUAGAAAAGAACCAUGGCGUCGCGUUGUUUUCACUUGAUAAAAAAUAUAACCCAGCGCCAUACUUAUUCAAUGAACUUAGUUCGUCAUAAUUUCUCUUCAGUGAAUAUACCCGCAGUUAAUUUUACUGCACAGCAAAAAAAAGGUAAAGAAUAUAAAACUGAAAAUAAUUUGACCUACUUAGAAGAUCCUGAUACGUUCGGAACCCUUUCAAGUUUACCUUCCGCAAACAAUAAUGUAUUUGAAGACAAAGGUGACAUUCAAGAAGAGGAUUUUUUGAAAAAUCGCCCAUUAAAAUCACGACAGCUAACAAUAAAACAAUAUGCAGAUAUCAUUAAACAAUAUUUGAAACACAAAAGAUUAAAAGAAGCACUUGAUAUUUUAGAAGUAAGAAUGUUAAAAGAGGAUUUAGUAAAGCCUGGAAAUUAUAUUUACAACAUAUUAAUUGGUGCCUGUGCAGAUGUUGGCUAUACAAAGAAAGCCUUUAAACUAUAUAAUGAUAUGAAAAAGAGGGCUUUGAAACCAACAGGAGACACAUAUACUUGUUUGUUUGAAGCUUGUAUUAAUAGUCCUUACAAAGAGAAUGGUCUCAAACAUGCAAAACAUCUUAGAAAUCUUAUGAUAGAAAAAGGAAUUGAACCAAAUCUAACAAAUUAUAAUGUUAUGGUAAAAACUUUUGGUAGAUGUGGUGACUUGCCAAUGGCCUUUAAAAUAGUCGAUGAAAUGAUCUCUAAGGGUAUAAAAAUCAGAGUCCAUACUUUAAAUCAUCUCUUACAUGCAUGUAUCUCAGAUAAAGAUUCUGGAUUAAGACAUGCUCUUAUUGUAUGGAGGAAAAUGUUAAAAUUGCGGGAAAAACCAAAUAUAUAUUCCUUUAAUCUUAUGCUGAAAUGUGUUAAAGAGUGUAAUCUAGGUAGUAAAGAAGAUAUACAAGAAAUGAUAUGCAUAAUUCAAGAAAAUAUACUUUUAAAUGACAAUAAAUUAAAAAAGAAUUUAUAUCUCGAAGAAUCAAAGGACAUGAAAUUUUUACCACAACAUACUUCAACUAAUGGUGGAUCGAAAAUUCAUCUACCUGAAGAAAACAAGGAUUCAAAUACAAAUAUUCAUCUACCUGAAGAAAACAAGGAUUCAAACACAAAUAAUUCUCUCCUUGAAAUUCAAACAGAAGACAAUAUAACAACAAAAGAUCUUACAAUACAAACAGAUGACAAAGUUUCUCUAACUUUUGUGGAUAACAAAAAUUUACCUUCAAUACCCCAACAAAUAGUGCCAAAUCUACUUUCAAAAACAUUAAAUUUAGAACAAGUAUGUGAUCUCCAGGAAGUGCACACAGUUCAAGAUAAAUUUGCUAUUUUGGGUGGUCAGGAUGACUUCCUACAGCAGAUGGCAACCUAUUCUGUUACACCAAAUAUCAAAACUUUUACCCAAAUACUAGAUGUUAUAGAAGAUAACACAGAAGCAGAGAUCAAAUUGAUAGAAACCAUGAAGUCUAAAAAUAUUAAAAUGGACAUAGCAUUCUUUAACAUGUUAAUUAAAAAGAGAUGCCUUAGAUCAGAUUAUAAAAGUGCUUUUGAUGUUAAAGAUAUGAUUGAAAAUGAAGCUGCAAGAAUUAAGAAACACCCAUUUAAUAAGAAACUUAAAUUAAAGGCUAAUAUAAUGACAUAUGGAACUCUUGCUAUGGCCUGCAACACUAAAGAGCUUGCUGAAAAAUUAUUAAAUGAGAUGAAGGAAAAGCAGUUAAAAGUUAACAUAACUAUAUUGGGAACACUGCUUAGACACGGUACUACUCAAAUGCAAUUUGGAUAUAUUUUAUAUAUACUAGAAAUGGUCAAACAAGAAAAUUUGAAAGUAAAUGAUAUAUUUUUAAGACAUUUGGAAUCAUUCAAUGAGAAAUGUGAAAAAAUUAUUGAGAAGUAUAAAGAAGACCAAAAAGACAGCGUCUUGAUUUUAGCUUUCAAUAGGUAUAUUAUGAUUUAUAAUAAGUGGUUAAGAAAUGUAAAUAUUGAAGACGUUACAAAACCAGAAGACCCAUGGCAACAAUUUAAAGAAUCAUAUCCUAAACCUAUACAAAAUGAAAACAUUGAUAUUGUUGAACCUAAAAGGUUUUACAAAAGAUCUCGUAAAUAUGUACCAUAUACACCAAAGGUAUAAAAUAAAAGGCAUUCAAUGAG